AGGGAGAGUAGCCGCUGAGAAAAGUCUGUAAAGUCUUAAGGGGGAUUUCCGCUGAAAGAGAAAGCUUUCCUCCGCCCCCCUCUCAGACUCUCUCCCUCCCCGUCUCCCUCCCUCCCUCCCUCCGUCUCUAUCUCUCCGGCUCCCUCGCUGGCAUGCACUGCCCUCUCUCUGACUCCGGCUGAAAAACAUCGCGAGUAGCGGGGGAAGAGGGACGAGAGCCAGCUCCACAGGCAGCUCUGGACCUGUGUGGUCGGGGCUCCCAGUGCUCGCUUAUGGACUACCAGGAAAUCGGCAGGAGGAUGGCUUCUGCCCUGUCCGUCAGUCGGGUGCCUCCUCACACAAAAGUGCAUCAAGGGUCUCCAUCGAACGCAGUUUAUUUAGUGCCUAGCCAUGCGGACUGAGGACUGAAUUGACUGGAUACGGGAUAUCCACGGAGGGCUUCCUGGCCAUGACUCAAGAGAACAAGAUGACCGCUCACGGCUGGAUAGUUGAGAUUCUUUAAGAAAGAUGAACCCAGAAUCCCUGGACUCGUCCAUCCAGGGUGCCCUCGCGGCCCUGUACCCCCCCUUCGAGGCCACCGCGCCCACUGUCCUCAGCCAGCUCUUCCGGGUCAUCGAGGAGAGUUACCAGGGCGACGCGCUCCAGUGCCUGCUGGACUUCCUCAUCCCAGCCAAGCACAUCCUCGAGAGCGUGCAGCAGGCCGCCUGUGCUCCGUACUCGGACGUGGUCUUCCGCUGCGAGGGCUGGCCUCUCUGCCUGCGCGAGCGCGUGGUGAUCCAGCUGGCCUCCCUCAACCCGCUGCUCCUGCGCCCCGGCGACUUCUACCUGCAGGCGGCGCCCUUCGCCGACCAGGCCGCCCGCAUCGUCCUCAAGAGCCUGCUGGAGGAGCACCAGGUGGAGGUGGAGGAGACGCCCGUCCCCGAGACCUCCUACCCCUGCAUCUUCACCCAGGACUGGCUCCGCGAGGUCAACCACGGUCGCCAUGGCACCCCGCUGCGCCGCUGCCUGCUGGCCACGGACCAGGGCAUAGUGAAGGUGCCGUGGGAGGAGGUGGCCCGCCCCGAGUUUGUGGACAGGCCCAGAGCCAUGGCCUCGCCCCCUGAGGGGCCGCCCCGCCCCCUGCCCCGAAACGCCGCCGCCGCCGCCGCCCCCACCGCCACCGCCUUCGCCGUGGAGACCAGGAUCCUCCCGGCCAAGGACGGCAUCGCGGUCUCCCUGCGGCUGGUCGACGGCGGCUGCCCCCGCCUGGCCCGAGCGGACCGGGCCCGGCCCGCCCGCAAGCCCGUGGGCUGGGUGGCGCCCAACACCUGGGACAGCCGCCAAAACCGCGACAUGGAGGGCGACUACGUGGACCUGGUGGACUUCAACAAGGAGAAGGAGGCCCUGGCACUCAACAGGGUCCCGUCGCAGCCCAAAAACCUCACCCCCCUCCGGCCCGUCAGGCCGGCCCCCCCGGCGCCGCCCCCUCGGGGCCCCCUCCCCGUCCCCUGCGGGCGCACGGCGAGGUUUUCGGAGGAGCCGUGCACCCCCUGCAUGCGGCGGCGCCUGGCCCAGGACCUGCAGUCGGCGGACCCGCAGUCUCCGGACCUGCGGUGCCGGUACCGGGAGUCCUACCUGGCCGCCCUGCAGAACCCCGUCACCCUCGAGAGGGGGGAGAAGAUGCGGGCCGUCCUGGAGGAGGCCGGCUGUCCGGAGGAAGGGGGCGGAGACCCCGGUCGGGCCCCGCCUCCUCCCCCUCCCCCGCUGUGCUGUCAGCCCGGUCGCCCCUGCCACGCCCCCGCCGCGGAGAGCGUGCUCGCCGGGGACGCCGAGGAGGGAGACACGGGGCUCCGACCCGCCGCGGAAAGAAAGGGGAGGCCCCUCUCCCCCUCCCCCUCCACCGCGUCCGAGCCGGGAGCCAGGAGGUUCGUCCUCGUGCAGAGGUCGAGCGGGCGGAGCCACAGCGACGUCUACCCGGAGAUGAUCCCCCGCGUGCACGUGCUGCAGUGCAAGAAGAGCACGGCGUUUGGGCUGGUCUCUCCCAAGACGGACAGACGCAGAUACGGUAAACAAGCUCUUAUCCAGAUAGGCCACGCUGAGGCCCAGACUCCUCCCCUUCUCAUAAACGGACAGAAAAAGCUCCAGACACCCCCAGGAGAGGGGCCGCGGGGGCCCCCGGGAGACCACGCCCCCUCACCCAGGUCCUGGGGUCCGCACCCUGCCUCACCGCAGGGCCCCAGCAGCUCCCUCCUCCACUUGGGAGUCGCCUGCCUUCCAGGCAGCAGAGACAGGACGGGCCGUGCUGUGGUGGAGGUGUACGGGGAUCACAAGGGCUGGAUGUCCCCCUUCCUUUCCAGCCAGGAGCUGUGCAAGUUGUUGCUCUACUUCCAUUCUCUUCCCAGGAAAGAGGUUCGAGACCUGGGGAUGACCGUGGUGACAGAUGCCAGGAAGACACCUCCUCCCCCUGCGUUCUAUAAGUCCCUCUUGAUGGUCCAGGAACAAGCCCUCCAUGCAGUCCACUGUGUCCUGAUGCUGGUGGACAAAGAGACAAACCCUCGACCAGAGAGACAACCAGGACUGCAGAUGGACGUAGUUACCUCACUGAAGGCCCUCCACAAGACAGUGGAGGGGCAUCAGCUGACCUCUGCCCUGGAAGGCACCUAUGCAUACAGCCACAGCGAUUGGCUGCAGCUUUAUCAGAAACUGGAUCCAUUUGUGUUGCACCUCCAGGAAGCUUCCGGGCUGCUCCAGAAGGCCAUCGGGAAGUUCGAGGGCGCCAGUAAGAUUGACACAGUACAGGACGUGCAGCAGUGCAUCAACGAGCAGAAGGCCAUGAUGAGAGAGGUGCUAGAGGACGCCCAAUUGGUCGCUUUGCAAAGGGAGGGCGGGGCCAUGCUGGCCAGACUGCGGAGGGAAGAGUUCCGGUUUUCACACUCGGAAGAUUAUCGGGAUGCUAUGGACUUGGCCAGUGGACUGUAUAACCAGGUGGAAGAGCAGGUGCACAAGCUGGUGAUGAGGUCUAACCAGUCCCUGCAGCACCUGGACUUUCUGCUCAAACUCAGGCAGCUGGAGGGUAGAUUCAUACAGAUCAGGGAGUGGUUUAAUGCGGAAGGGGAGCGGCGGUUGCUGGAGGCGGAGUCUGUUGAAGAUUCGCUGGAGAGAGUGGAGCGGACUCUGGACAGCUUCAAUACCUUCCUGACUCAGGCCAAUGAGCAGAAGCACCAGGCCAUGACCCUGGUGACGGAGGCGGAGAAGAUCCAGGGUGCGUCCUACCCCGAGACCGAGGUGUUCCGGACCACGGUGUACACCUUUAAGUCCAGCCUGGCCGACUUCCUGUCACGAGCGGAGCUCUGCCGCGCCGAGCUGGAGACCAUGGCAACGCUGUGUCGCUUCUGCGGACGGGCCACGGAACUUGCCAAAGACUGCAGACAGUACCUGGAGCAGUCGCAGCCCGGCGGCCAAUCAGGGGCGGACGUUCAGAGCGCGCUGCAGGGGUACCGCGAGCGGUUCGCCGAGUUUUCGGCGGAGCGUUUCCAGGAGGCGAAGGCGCAGGCGUGCUCUCUGAAGGGGUCCCGGGGCAUGAGGGUGUGGAACGUGGCCUGGCUCAGAAGCCAGGAGGUCUGGGGACAGCUGGAGGAGAGGCUGAGCGACCCCGGCCCGUCCCAGCGGCCCGUAGCUCAACCCGAGCCCGAGCCCGGGGGCGGGGCGCGAGAGGAGGCCGGCUCCCCGGCGCCCCCCGCGGGGGCGAGCUCGCCGCUGUGCGGGCCUGGGGGGCCCGGCUCGGCGGGGAGUCCCGGGGGGGGUCUCGCCCAAGACAGCGAUUACGGUACGGUCACGUGCUUCAAGAUGAGCUUCAGGCCCGACGGCAAGAACGGCAAGGGGGCGAAGGGGGCGAAGGGGACGCCAUUUUCCGGAAAUGGGUUCGAGGGCCCCGCUAAGAAAGAAGAGAGGAGGUCCGCGGGGGGUUUGAAGGAGAUGACCACCCAAGAGCCGGUCGGAAAUGUGGACUUCGGGCAGAAGGAGUGGUUACAACAGCCAUUUGGCAGGUCCCUGAGCGAGGGUUCGAGCACCGGAUCCGUCCGGUCCGAGCCGCCUGCCCCCCCCUCGGCGCGGACCCGCGGCCAGCCCUCCCCCCGGAUCCUGCAGGCCGCUCAGAGCUUCCAGAUCUCCCGCCACGGGAGCUUCUGUUCCGAGGAGCUCGGCGGCGGCGUCCCCGGCGAUGACCGGCAGGAGGCGGGGCCCUGCGUACGGAGGUGCCCGGCGACGGCGUCCCUGGCCGCCGAGGAGGAGGGGGGAAGUAACAAUCUGAAGCUACAGCGGAUCAUGGAAGAGCUGCUGCUGACGGAGCGGGAGUACGUGCGCUCGCUGGGCUACAUCAUGGCUCACUACUACCCCCUGCUGGAGACGCCCGACGUGCCCCAGGACCUGCGGGGCCAGCGCGGACGCAUUUUCGGCAACCUGGAGAAGCUCCACGACUUCCACCGCCACUCCUUCCUCAAGGAGCUGGAGGGGUGUCGGGGGGAACCCCUCAGGGUGGGCCGCUGUUUCCUCAGACACAAAGAAAGCUUCAACCUGUACGCCCUCUACAGCAAGAACAAGCCGCAGUCCGACUCCAUCCUCCUCCACCAUGGAAACGACUUCUUUAAGCAGAAGCAGCAGGCGUUGAGUGAUAAGAUGGACCUGUCGUCCUACCUGCUGAAGCCAGUGCAGCGGAUCAGCAAGUACAGCCUGCUGCUGCAGGACAUGUUGCGCGAGUGCAGCGGCCCCCAGAGGGGGCGCCAGAGAGCCGAGAUCCAGGCCGCCCUGCAGGCCGUGCAGUUCCAGCUUCGCCACGGCAACGACCUCCUCACCAUGGAUGACAUCCGCAAUUGUGACGUGAACCUGAAGGAACAGGGCCAGUUGAUUCGUCAGGACGAGUUCAUGGUUUCCUUCCGCAAGAAGAAGUGCUUCCGUCACGUCUUCCUCUUCCAGGACCUCAUCCUCUUCAGCAAGACCAAGAGGAACGACGUGGGGAACGAUGUUUACAUCUACAAGCAGUCCUUCAAGACGUCUGACGUGGGGAUGACGCACAACUCCGGAGACAGCGGGCUGUGCUUCGAGAUCUGGUUCCGGCGCAGGAAGUUCCAGGACACCUACAUCCUGCAGGCGGAGCGGGCCGAAGUGAAGGACGACUGGACCCGGGACCUGGAGAGGAUCCUCUGGGACCAGGCUGUGCGUAGCAGAGAGAUCCGUAUGCAGGAGAGGGUGUUCAUGGGAAUCGGCAGAAAGCCCUUCAUGGACAUCCAGCCCAGCGAGGCGGCGAUCUGCGACAGGGCCGUCAACUGCUUCCUGCCCGGGAGAGAAUGCAAGGCGUCGGCUUCCUCUGGUGUCACCUCCUCGCUGGGAGAUCAUGAACUGCCUCGGCCAGACUCCAUUGGUUCAGGCAGCAGCUCGUCAACGUCUUCCUCCUCAGGACGAGGGUCCCUCCCCCCCACGGGCUUCCUCUGCGGCCAGCCCCAGGAGGGGGGUCACAGGGAUUCCUCAGGCUCGGGAGCUCUGGAGGACGACUUGGACAGGGAGAGCGAAAAGAUUCACCUUCUCAUGGACAGCUCAGAGUCUUCUGGGGAAAGUGUCAGCGGAUUCAGUCUCUCCGAUCGCAGCUGCCUGUCUGUGACUGGUGGAGAUGCAGAUGACACGUCCUCCAUCAUCUCUACCCUGCGGCCCAAGGCUGGACACGCCCGCCAGACCUCGGCCUCAGACGAGUUCAAGAAACCCACCAUUGCACCCAAACCACAAGCUCACAGUGCCCCCCAGGGCCCAGGACAGGUCCAAGCCAUGCCAGCCAGCGGGAAAUCCACCGAGGUUUGACCUGCUGCUGAAACAGACUUUGUGGGAAGAAUAGUUGCACUCUGUACGCACCCAUUGGAGCUGGUCCAAUGAAAAGUCAGCUCCAGGAAAAAGAAAGACACUUCUAUUGUAAAAAAAGGGAAUAUUUAAAUAUUAGAUAAAAAUCAAACACAGACUUCAGACAUCCUCGUCAAGGGUGGGAAUUCUACAUGUAUGCCCAGGAACUGAUGUGUCCUGACCUGACCUUUAAAUUGACCUGCUUGGACACCAUUGCUGGAAUCUGAGAUUUCACUUCCUGUGCAGAUACUAAUUGGAAAGUACUGUAAGUUGUAUGCAUUUGUUUUGCAGAAGUAUGUACCGAUUUGGAAAUCCCCCGUUUUAUUAUUAUUAUUUUUCUCUGAGAAACGUUAUGUUACAGUUGUACUGUGCUACAGAUCUGAUGUUUAUUAUCUUUACCACAAUGCUGAAAGGAAGAUGGACAGGAAGGAGAUAGAAGCGUAGCUUUUGCAGUAUUAUGUUGGUACAGUCAAUUUAUAUCAUGAUGUUGCUUAUGUCACAGUCAUGUGACAUCAGAUCAAACCUACCUAUGCAAUGUGGCAUUUCAUUUCAGUAACCUUACUGCCUUAAAGCCCUUUGUGAUGUAAUCGAACCUCUUCCUGCAUGCUGUUACGCCCUUUUUCUCCCAAAUUGGAACACCUGACCAUGCUCAUGGUGUGACCUCAUCAAACUCUCCUCUGUGGAUUGGAGAGAGCGCGGAUGAUGCCGGCUCACCUCUCAAGCGCAUGACAUCAGCCGCUGGUUUACAUCGUGCAAGACACGUCGGGAGCAGCUUAACGAACGGGCAUGCAGGCACGCAAUUCACUAGCAGGGGGCGCUGUUGCACGACAAAGGUCCCUCAACAUCACUUGCUAGCAGGUGAAAGAAGCCUAAAGACUAAAGCCAUCGUGCCUUAUCCCUGAAACACGUGGAAGUCGUCCAAUCACAGUUUAACUCGCCAGUGAAAUCAUGAAAUGGGAACAUCAUUGGAAUGCACUGAUAACUGUAUGCGGUUGGUUUUGUUUUCAUUUCUGACAUAUAAAUGUAUCUGUUUUAUGUGAAAUACUUUAAAAUAUUUUCUGUGCUUUGCUUCAAAACAUAUUUCAUGUUGCAACUUUGUUAGCACUAUGGAAAGACCUUCCCAUUCUUUGUGAAAAAGUGCACCACUCAAAAGCCACUGUUUUCAUCUUAUUUUAUGAACGUGAACUGUGUGCAUUUCUUUCUGGGACCAUUCUUUUUUGCUCUUAUCUUUUUCUGGUUGGAAAAUGAUGUCCUGUUAUGCUUUAUCUUGAAAAACAAUCAAUUAAAUGUCUGUUUUACUAAAUGAGAGCAAUGCAAUGUAAUGAGUUGAAACAAUGAAAUGAAGUAAACCCUGACACUUAACUUUUACAUAAGGUUGUGGAUACAACUGUUAUGUCCCAAACUGAUUGGAUAGCUAUAUUAGGCAUGUGAAUGUAGCAUGCAGAAUGUAGUCAAAUUGAAGCUUGAUUUAACAGCUUGACUGCUUCAUGCCUGACUCUUUCUGGCCUAGCAAUGUAACAGGAUGGAUGAUGGAAAACAAAACGGAUGAUUUGCUUCAAGACUGCUAAAUCUUCAUAAUGAAUCUUUCACAGAGAAAAUGCAAAAGUGCAUCAUCACAACAUUUCCCCUCAUUGUUUUUCAAUGAAGAGAAUAGUGAAUGGGCUGUUCCCAUAGCAACACAAUGCUCCAAAGUUACAUUUAUUUGCUGAAGUGAGAAGCAUAAAAAUAUUUUAACAUUUAAAAUUUUAAGAUGGCUGCCUAUCAAAAGAAUAUUUAGAUGUUAAAGGUGUAUUCUUGAAAUGGCAUCCUACUUUUUGGUUUAAUUAAAAAUAUUGUAUUGAUGUUUCAUUCAUCCUGAGAUUAGCUAGCUCAGCCAUAUGCUCUUAACUUCUCAGAGUUGUAAAUAGCUGUUUGCCAGCCAUUUAUCUAUGGAAGAUUCUUUCUGUGCAACAGUAAGGCUGCUCACCUUCAAUAGUCUGAUGAGUGACAGGACUCUUUCAGCUCGUUCUUACGGAAAGCUGAAUGGUUCUUGGCACUUCACCUUGUAGAAGAUCCAUGAGGCUUUGCGCUUCGGCUCACUCCAAGGCAGCCAAUCAUCAGAGAGUGGACCAUGGUCUGGUGCAGGGUGGAUGGCCAAAAUGGACACUACUCCCGGAAGUAGACAUUACCGUUCCUUAAAGAGAGAAACAGUAGGGUAAAGGCUGGAGGGUAGAAGCUGACACAACUAUUCCUCACAGAGAGAAACAGUAGGGUGAAGAAUGACCAGUCAAAGGGGACAGUGCUGUUAGAAGUAGACAUUACUGUUUCUUAAAGAGAGAAACAGUAGGGUGAAGAAUGACCAGUCAAAGGGGACAGUGCUGUUAGAAGUAGACAUUACUGUUCCUUAAAGAGAGAAACAUUAGGGUAAAGGCUGGAGGGAAGAAGCUGACACAACUACUCCUCACAGAGAGAAACAGUAGGGUGAAGAAUGACCAGUCAAAGGGGACAGUGCUGUUAGAAGUAGACAUUACUGUUUCUUAAAGAGAGAAACAGUUGGGUAAAGGGUAACCAGUUGAAGUGGACACUACUGUUCUUUACAGUGGGCCUCAUUCGCGAAAACAAUUUCUUUCUUUUGUUCUGAAUAAAAGUUCUGAAAAAACUUA